AUGUCUCAGCCUUCUGAAGAAGAAUGCACCGCUGAGCUCCGCGAUGCUGGAAUGACCGAAGAGAGCAUCAAAGGUCUCGCAGAACUCACCGAGCGUUUCAAAGUUGGGUUUGCUGCUGCCAAGGACUCGGCUGAGGGACCUGACAAGUUCAUCGAAGAAUACACUGCCGAUGAUAAGAGAUUCCGUGAGGCGAUGCCAGCCGGAGAUCAAGAGAUCUAUAGCGUCUACUUGAAGAAGCAUGGACUCGACGGAUAA